UCUCCUCCUCUCUCUCUCUCUCUCUCUCUCUCUCUCCUAUUCAUCAGUUUCCUCUCCCAACAAGAAGAAGCUUGAUGAGAAAGCCUUCUCUCCUAGUUUGCUCUUGAGAUGGGAGGCAAAGAAGGUGCUGUUCCUCCCUCCCCAUCUCCGACAUCCUCAUCUGUGGUCUGUUGCAUGUGUGGCGAUCACGGCCUGCCGCAAGAGCUCUUUCGAUGCAAGAUCUGCCUCGUUAGAUCUCAACACAAAUACUGCAGCGAUCUCUACCUAAAAACUGAGACCUAUCGAGCAUGCAAUUGGUGCCUAAGGGACGAAGGAGUAAAGUCUCUCCCUCAGGAAUCCUCCACCCAGGAUCACAAUAACUCAACCUCUUCGUCCUCCGGUAGUAAUAAUGGAGGGCUGGGACUGAAAGUACACCGGGGUGCCUAUGCAUUGCACCUCAACAAGCCCAUCAAAAAGCAAAGAGCGCCCGAGAGAUCACCAACGGUCGAGAUCGCAAGAUCGGCAGAGCUAUCGCCAGGCUUGGGGAGAAGCAAGCAUGCCUUUAGGGGUAAGGUUAGAAGAUAUAAGCUCUUGGAAGAGGUCUCUAGCCAAAUGUAUCAGAGAGAGUAACGAAUUAAAGUUUAUCUCAUGUACCGGUCUUCACACAUACAGAAGAGGACGUAAUCUUCAUGUCUUGUUAUGGUUAAAGGUACGAUCAAUGCAACAAAGAAGAAAAAUUGUAUCUCUUUCCUGAGGAACAAACAAAGAGCAAAGAUUCAUAA